AUGCGCCCCAUGCCGGCGGUUUCCGGGAAGAUGGCGGCGUGGAGGGCUGCGCUGGCGAUGGGCGUCCGAGCUCCGUUGAGGGGACGAUUGCUCGGGACGGGGCCCGUCCGGAGUCAGCGGCGCCCGCCCGGCUGGAAGAUGGCCGCUGCCGCCGCUCUGCUCGGGGGAGGCUCAGUGGCGGCGUGCUACGGCGGCUGGGGCGUGUUCCCCACCGUCCUGGCUCAGAAGGAAGAUGCUGCAAAUACAGAAAUGGCUGAAAGACUGUCGCUCCGGAAGAAUCGCUUUAUGCAUUUCGCAUCACUGGAGUAUGAAGGAGAAUAUUACAUGACGCCACGAGAUUUCUUGUUUUCAGUAAUGUUUGAUCAAGUGGAACGUAAAAGCUCAGCCAAGAAACUGACAAAGAAGGAAGUGGAUGCUGCACUGCAGUGUGUUACAAAAGCUAAACCAGGACCGACCUUUUUUAGAGAGCUUGGUGAUAAAGGGCUGAUAUCUUAUGCAGAGUACCUGUUUUUGCUGACAAUCCUUACAAAACCCCAGACUGGAUUUCAGAUUGCUUUUAAAAUGUUAGAUACGGAUGGCAAUGAGCAAGUUGAAAAGAAAGAAUUUUUUAAGAUGCAGAGAAUCAUUGGAAAGGAAGAUGAUCUGAAAACAGCUGGAGAUGAAACCGUAUUUCAGGAAGCAGAAUUGGAAAGCUGUGAUGUUAAUACCAUGCUGCUGGUACAUUUCUUUGGAAAAGAAGGAAAGGACAAACUUCGCUAUUCUGAGUUUUUCAGGUUCAUGGAAAAUCUGCAAACAGAAGUGCAAGAAAUGGAAUUCAUUCAGUUUUCCAAGGGCUUGAGUGUCAUGAGAAAGGAGGACUUUGCAGAGUGGCUGCUGUAUUUCACUGACGAGGAAAACAAUGAAAUUUACUGGCAAAACGUGAAAGAUAGAUUUGAAGCAGGAGAGAAUAUCAGUUUGGAAGAAUUCAAGACUUUCUGCAAGUUUACAAACAACCUGGAAGACUUUUCUAUUGCCAUGCAGAUGUUCACGGUAGCCAAUCGUCCCGUUAAACGAGCUGAGUUCAAGAGAGCAGUGAAGGUGGCAACAGGACAGGAGCUCUCAGAUAACGUGCUGGAUACCAUCUUCAAGAUUUUUGAUCUAGAUGGAGAUGACUGCCUCAGCCACGGCGAGUUCCUCGGGGUCCUGAAGAAGCGAAUUCAUCGAGGUUUGAGGGUACCACAACAGCAAGGCAUCCAGGGGUACUGGAAGUGCGUGAAAAGAGAAAGCAUUAAAGGAGCAAAAGAAUUGUGGAAGCAAAGUGGGAAAAGUCCUUUUUAAAAGCGUCCAUUAUUGUUGGCUUGCUGUAAAUGUUAUGUAGGGGUUUUUUGUGUGUCCUGUUUACAUAAUAGCUGAAUCAAAAAUACUCUUUUUUACUACAGCUAAACUAAAUUAACCCAAUAUCUAAUGCAAACACAUAUAUAUAUGAGAUAUAUAUAUAUCUAAUUCUAGUGGAAUUAGUUGGGUUUACAAAAUUGUUAUCUCAUUUGACCUCCCUACAGAAAUACUCUUGUUCUAGGGAAUAAUGUUAUUUAUUUCUCUGUGGAGUCUAACCCUGCACUGUGACCUUUGGGAUGCAUAGGAUUUAAUGGUGGCCACUGGCUGGAACAUCCCAAUAUCAUCUCCUGUUGGAACAGCGGUCAUCAUCUCAGCCAGCCACUAACACAGCAGUUCUCUUUCUCUGGCAAAGACAGAGGUCCAAAAAGGGAAACCACUUGCACACUCCAUGCAAUUCAAGCUACCUACAAGAAAAAAUGAAAUCUCAUAAUGUGCCUCCAUUACUGUGAGCUGUUUGUUGCUAGUUCCUGGCACAUGGUUCGACCAUGUCCAGGGUGGAUGUCUGAUUUGUCUGCCUUUGUUGAUAAUAGCUUUAAACUGGAAAUAUAAGACUGCUGAUACAGGCUUUAAAAGUUACAUGUUGAUCUAUGAAUGUGCAUUGAGACUCUCAGACCUCUUCAACAACCAUUAUAAACAAGAAGAAAAAGUCCUCACUCUCAUUCUAUCAUGAGCAAUGAUUGCACCUUGAUUUGUAAAUAUUUUUCUUAGUUAUAAUGCAUAGGAUUAAUGUGUAACAAAUAAUUACUUUGCGGUAGUAACAAUUGUGGCAGGGAGUGCUGCAGUAUCUCAGGAACUCAAGGCUGUAACAGCAGGAAUAAUAGACCCAACAAAAAAUAAACAAAUUGUUUAUGACUCCAAAUUGCAAAGGUAGUCACAAGAUGUCCAACAAUAAAACAAGCAGACAAAAAUAUAUAUAUAUAUGAAAAUUAACAAGAACGUUUUUCAACCACAACACAAUGUGCUUCUCUGUAUACACAGAUGUGCAUGAUACACAAGUUUUUUUUCUUAUAGACUCAAGAGCCUGUAAUCUCUGGUCCAGAUCAGUGUUCCCAGCUGGCCACUGCACACAGGAGACAGACUUUAACACACAGAGCUGUCAGCGUUGUCUGUUUUGUCCAUGCUGGGGUGACGGCCUGACUUUUCAAGACAGGUUUGUGAUAACAGACUCAAAAGAUGGACUGGGUAAAACAACCAAGAAAUCUCACUUGCUCUGCAGAUCCCAUCUAAGGGUUACAGGUAAUACAUUUGGUAUGUCAGUGGCCAUCAGGCAAGCUCGUGCUAAGGAGGAGUCCUCCCAGGUCUCAGCACUCUAGAGCGAAGCAACCAAAGCAGCAGCAUGCAACCACCUGCUACUCUGUCCUAUGCAGCCUUGGAGCUUUAAUUUAAAUUGUGUGAAAGAGAAAAUGCUUUUCUAUGUGUGACCUGUAAGUGUGCACACGGAGUCAUCCACAUGAAUAAGAACAUGACUGUGGGUGCCCCAAGACCCAUCUAGAAAAUCAGGUAGCACUGAUGGCCAAGGAUCCCUCUGCUUCCUCCAGGAACUUCUCAGAAAUGCAAUAAAAUGCAGUAAAUGCCACUGCUUCUCCCCCUUAAACUGAAAUGGCACUGCUCUGUUGGCAAUGAGAAAUCAGGCAGCUGUUUUCACUCUGUACUUUUGGAAGCUGUUUAUGGUGAUGGGAACUAUGAGUAAGAGCUGCUGGGAGCAGAGGAGGGGCAGCAGGGCUGGCGUGGACGUACCACAACCAGCUUCACAACACUAAACUUUUUUUUUUUAAAGGACAAAAUCAAGCAAGACACUUCUGUAUCAUAGAAGUGUGUGUGUGUUCCCCUACAGUGGGUGCUGUUUCAGCUGUGAUAUAGGGGGAAAUACAGGGCAGCCUUUUACUUGUUGCUGUUUGUAUUUUGGCAGAUUGUUUUUGUUUUGGAAUGGAGAUGAUUGUUUAACAACUAAUUCUGUGAAUUCUUAAUAGGUUUUUGAUGUUCUGCAUUGCUUUUGUGUUUGCUUUUUGUAUUGUUUUGUUUACCAAUGACACACUUCCUGCAAGCUUUUUGGUUUUCUGUUGGACAAAUCAAUUCAUCUGGCUUUAGUGUAUCUCGGAGUUUAAUGCCUCAUUGCUCAUUCGUAUCUGGGUUCGUGCAAUCAGCAAUGUCUGCUUUUGGCAGCAAGUUACUAAAAAUGGAUCUCAAGUUUUAUUUCUUAGCUAAAGAUCUGGUGUCCAGCUCAGAGGGAAAAGAAAACAGAUUUGCUACUUUUAAAGCAAACGUUGUGUAUAUAGUAAAUGAAAUGGAAUGAUUACUGAGGAAUUAAAAUGCAAUUAAGAUUUUCAGAAGAAACUACCCUGAAAGUGCAGCCAGGAAAGAAUUCCUCGGAAUGCCAGGGAAGGUUUGUCCCUUGAAGAAUCAGGCUCUGUGUUUAAUCUGUGGCUUAUUUCUGUUUGCUUUCACCAAAAAGGAUUUGUGAGACAGUCUUAAAAUCAUUUCUCAGAUAAAAUAUCUUAGACUGAAAGAGCUGUUUACAUUAGUGUUUAGACCUACCUUGUCUUAUGAGGAAUCCAUUGUACUUAUAAUUUUUGCUAACUUCCGUUUAGUAACUGUACGGUAUUUGCAAGCUGACUGUCAACAUUACUCAGCACAAUUUACAUAAAGGUCUUACCUUCUGCCAAUGUGCCAAUCAAGUGUAUAAAUUACAACUUUUUUAAUCUUAGGAAUCCUUCCUCUGAACACAAAUAUACUAAAAAUGAAAUAAAAUUAAA